GCGCCUGCGCCUCCAGCCAGCAAACCUUUCAGGCUUUCACCUUGCAAUUUUGUCGAUCCGAUCCGCCGAUGGACCAAAUGCCACCAAGGGAAGCGAAACGGAAUCGAAUCGGGUAUAGAAUCGUAUGGAUUGUAAAAGACCAGGGAAGAGGGUCAAAUAAAAAAGAGAUCAAACCCUAGCAAAGCAUAUCCCAAACCCUUUAGCAUCGACCGAGCGUGUUGAUGGAGACGCCAGUGGCGAGUCGUCGCAGGCCACGAAAAGGAAGGCGACGGAAGAAGCGGCGGCGGAUGAUCUCGUCGAAGCAGAUGGGGAAGAGGGUGAUCUCGAGGAGGAGGAAGAGGGCGUGAACCCGGUGGCGGUGAUGGAGAGGAGCAAGCACGGCGACGGAUCCCUCUACGAGUCCAGAGCCGACUUGUUCCUCUGGCUCUUCAGUCUCGAAGACACCGGCGAGACUUCCAUGCCGGCGAUGAGGCUGACGCUUCCAAACGCCGACUGCCUGGAGCCGCCGACCUCCACGUCCGGCUCCAGCUGCGGACGUCACGUGGGCGGCCCCAUGCUGCAGAUCUUCUCCGUCAAGCUCGCCAGGCUACCGAGGCCAGCGGCCGCCGCCGCCGCCGCCGGCCCCGUCGAGCUCUACGGGUUCAUGGCCAUCCGCGACCUCAUGGACCCUCUCCGCAACUACGUCUUCCACCGCGGCCGGGACGACCCCCUGGUCAUCCCGGACCUCCGCGCCGACCCCUUCGUCCACCUGCCCGGCCCCAAGAGGGGCGUCAACAUGCAGGCCCGCGUCAUGCUCGAUCGAGUACGACGUGAGGAUCAAGGGAGGGGCGGAGGAGUCCCCGUCCUGAGCGAGAAGACCUGCGUCGACGAGCCGGCCGCCUGGCGCAUACGGGGCGACCGCGGCGGGGCGGUGCACAUAAGCUGGGCGCGCCUCACCAGAGCCAUGGAGGCCACGGUGGACGUCCGGAUCCGAGAACUGGCGCCACAGCAUCAUGGCGAUAAUGGCGGCGGCGGCAUCGACCUGUCGGUGUCUGGACAUGUCGCUAAGAUAGCCGAGGAGAUCAAGCUCUUCCGCGGCGUCGUCGCCGGCUGGAGCUUGCCUGUCCCCUUUGCGUGUCUCCCGUUCGUGUAUCCGACGUUUCCCACAACCUUGAUUCCUCCUGCAAGAUCACGAUUAGAGCAGUGAUGAUUUCUAUUUUGCGGUUUCGUCUUCUCAGAUCAAGGAAUUUUCCUCCGGAUAAAUUUAUUUGGCUUGACGAUUUUUGUUUUUCCUUGAUUUGGCUGUGAACAGAAAAAUAAGAUCGCGUGGUUCAAA